AUGCACGAACCAGCAACAGCAAUGUCGUCGUCUAAAACACCGUCACCCACAACAAAGCCGAGUCCAUUACCGGCAAUGCCAAGCAACACUCGCAUGAGGUCAUCGUCAACGUCACCGUCCUCGAACAAUCAACUCCAACCGCAAGCUCGACCUCAGUCUCAACCUCCAGCGCAAGCUCAGUCUCAGUCAUGCUCACCACCUUCUUCCCAGCAGCAACCACUACCGUCUGUGAAUCAUGUAAUGGGUCCACCACCUCUGUACCGCACCACAUCGUCUUCAGCCACAGUCACUCCACCAACCAACCCCUCGCCGCAUUCCUCUUAUUCCAGUUUAUCUCAGCCAACCACUCCGUUGCAGUCUCAACCCAACCAGCUACACACCUAUCCACCCACCGUGUCAACCUCACAAUCACUCAACAACGCACCAAGUAUCACUCAAUCCCCUCCAAUCACAUCAUCAACGUCCAACUCUAUUCAACGACAACAGUCGUCCACCAUUGUGCCCUCAUCAAUGCUUAAUUCUAAUCUAAAUUCAGUAUCGUAUCACCCGCCGAAUCACACUGAUAUAUUAGUAUCACAACAAGCAUCUGCUGCAACAUCCCCAUAUAUACCUGAGAAUGAAUGCUAUCAAGAAGAACUGAGGAAUCUGCAGCGAAAAUUGUUGAAGCUGUCUCGAGAUAAGAAUUUCUUGCUCGAUCGACUCAUUCAGUACGAAAAGCUGAGUGAUUCAUCAGAUGAUUCAGAUUCGAAUUCAGUCAAAACUGUUGAAGAUAAGCCGAAAAUACCGAAAAAAAGAUCCAGGCAGUCAACGUCACGUCGACGUCAAACGAUCGAAGCAGAUGUUGAUAACAGCGGUGGUGUUGCUCUGAUGCGACAGUCGUCGAGCACUUGUCCCACAACUACGUCACUUAUUGGUGACUUUUUAAUUUUGUUUUAA